AUGCGGCCGACGGGCGAAUCGCUUCAAACGCUCAAGGGUCAUCGGGGUUCGGUUAGAUCAGUUGCCUUCUCAUCAGAUGGUACAAAGGUAGCUUCAGGCUCUGAAGAUCAUACAAUCCGGCUCUGGGAUGCGGCCACGGGCGAAUCGCUUCAAACGCUCAAGGGUCAUUCGUCUUCGGUUAAUUCAGUUGCCUUCUCAUCAGAUGGUACAAAGGUAGCUUCAGGCUCUUCCGAUCAGACGAUCCGGCUAUGGGAUGCAGCGACGGGCGAAUCGCUUCAAACGCUCAAGGGUCAUCGGGGUGGGGUUUAUUCAGUUGCCUUCUCACCAGAUGGUACAAAGGUAGCUUCAGGCUCUUACGAUCAGACAAUCCGGCUCUGGGAUACGGCGACGGGCGAAUCGCUUCAAACGCUCAAGGGUCAUCGGGGUGGGGUUUAUUCAGUUGCCUUCUCAUCAGAUGGUACAAAGGUAGCUUCAGGCUCUUCUGAUCAGACAAUCCGGCUCUGGGAUACGGCGACGAGCGAAUCGCUUCAAACGCUCGAGGGUCAUUCGGGUUGGGUUUAUUCAGUUGCCUUCUCACCAGAUGGUACAAAGGUAGCUUCAGGCUCUUCCGAUCAGACAAUCCGGCUCUGGGAUACGGCGACGGGCGAAUCGCUUCAAACGCUCAUGGGUCAUUCGGGUUGGGUUUAUUCAGUUGCCUUCUCACCAGAUGGUACAAAGGUAGCUUCAGGCUCUUCCGAUCAGACAAUCCGGCUCUGGGAUACGAUCACGGGCGAAUCGCUUCAAACGCUCGAGGGUCAUACGGGUGGGGUUAAUUCAGUUGCCUUCUCACCAGAUGGUACAAAGGUAGCUUCGGGCUCUUACGAUCAGACAAUCCGGCUUUGGGAUACGGCCACGGGCGAAUCGCUUCAAACGCUCAUGGGUCAUGCGGGUUCGGUUUGGUCAGUUGCCUUCUCACCAGAUGGUACAAAGAUAGCUUCAGGCUCUUACGAUCAAACAAUCCGGCUUUGGGACACGGCGACGAGCGAAUGGCUUCAAACGCUCGAGGGUCAUACAGGUUGGAUUAGAUCAGUUGCCUUCUCACCGGAUGGUACAAAGAUAGCUUCAGGCUCUGAAGAUCAAACAAUCCGGCUUUGGGAUACGGCGACGGGCGAAUGGCUUCAAACGCUCAUGGGUCAUGCGGGUUCGGUUAAUUCAGUUGCCUUCUCAUCAGAUGGCACAAAGAUAGCUUCAGGCUCUUCCGAUCAAACAAUCCGGCUUUGGGAUACGGCGACGGGCGAAUGGCUUCAAACGCUCGAGGAUUAUUCGGGUUCGGUUUCUUCAGUUGCCUUCUCACCAGAUGGUACAAAGAUAGCUUCAGGCUCUUCCGAUCAAACAAUCCGGCUUUGGGACACGGCGACGGGCGAAUGGCUUCAAACGCUCGAGGGUCAUACAGGUUGGAUUAGAUCAGUUGCCUUCUCACCGGAUGGUACAAAAGUAGCUUCGGGCUCUGGCGAUCAAACAAUCCGGCUCUGGGAUGCAGCGACGGGCGAAUCGCUUCAAACUCUCAAAAAUCAUUCGGGUUUAGAGGCAUCCUCAGCCUUUGAACGGUACUUUAUAUCAAAUCAUUGGAUAGCUGAAAGAUUAGAUGAAGAAGUCCGAAAUAUUUUUUGGCUACCUCCAGACUAUCGGCCAACUAGUGCAUAUUUUUGUAACAGAGUUAUAGUCAUGGCAUUUUCCACCGGUGGCAUUUUAUUUCUGAAAUUUGAGUGA